AUUCACAUAAUAAUAAUAAUACACUCUGAACAUGUUAAUGUCGAAAGAAACACAGUUUUUUUUACUUUAACGCUUUAGUAACAUAUGUGAUUAGGAGGUAAAUAUAAACGUUGGUCAUUUCAGUUGAAGACAGCUAUACUUUAUUUAGUUAUACCGGAAAUUGGUAGUCGACACCAAAGCUAACUUGAUGACACGUCUGCCUGAGGUCGUUUAAGGAAAUCCAUUCAUAUUGGAGGAGAGAGGAAAAGCGUUACAGUUUUCACUUGUUAACGGUGGAAGAAUCGUCGUUGUCUACUGUCUCACAGGAUGCUCUUCCUCUGCUUCCUCCUGUGUGUCACCACAUCAGUGGCCAUGGGAAACAUCCUGCUGCUGUCUGAGCCGCCACCACUGCUGCUGGUGUCCUUCGAUGGUUUCAGGGCAGAGUAUCUGCGCAGGUUUCCCAUGCCUAAUCUGGAGCUCCUUUACAGCCAGGGGGUCCUAGUGGAGGAUCUUACCAACGUUUUUGUCACCAAGACGUUUCCCAAUCACUACACCCUGGUGACAGGGUUGUACCCUGAGUCUCAUGGCAUUGUAGCUAGCCAUAUGUACGACCCCAUCAUCAAAGGUUACUUCCCCCAAGGCAAUGAUGAAAAGGAAGCUGUUUGGUGGAGUGAGGCAGAGCCGCUUUGGAUCACAGCACUAGACUUUGGCUACAAGACGGCUGCCAUGAUGUGGCCCGGCUCCCACUAUAGCUACAACAAUCGCACGGCAACACACUCUGUCCCCUACAAUUUAGAGGUCACCUUCCAGCAGCGGCUAAAUAAUGUGACACAGUGGAUUUUGGGAAAUGGAGAGGAGCCAGGAGCAAAAUUUGCAGCUUUGUACUGGGAGGAGCCAGAUAGAUCGGGACACAAAUAUGGCCCCGACAGUGAAAACAUGGCCAAAGCACUGAAAGAAGUUGAUGACAAUAUUGGCCUGAUUGUGUCCGAGCUGAAGCGUACCGGCCUCUGGGGUCACAUCAACGUCAUGGUCACCAGUGACCACGGCAUGGCUCAGUGCUCGCCGGACCGCGUCAUUCAUCUGGACGCCUGCCUCCACCCUGACAACUACACACUGGUGGACAUCACUCCUGUUGCCGCCCUCAUCCCACGUGAAGAUGCUCAGAUGGUGUUUGACCUCCUGAACCACUGUCACGCCCACAUGACGGCUUACAUGAAGGAGAAUAUCCCAGAACGGCUUCACUACAGGAACAACAGACGCAUCCAGCCAAUUAUAUUGAUUGCUGAUGAAGGCUGGACCAUCCUGCAUAAUGGGAACCAGCUCCGACUGGGCGACCAUGGUUAUGACAACUCCUUACCCAGCAUGCAUCCCUUCCUGGCAGCAAUGGGACCCAGCUUCCGCCGACGUUAUCGACUCAGCAAUUUAAACAGUGUGGACAUUUACCCACUCAUGUGCCACCUGCUGUCGGUUCCCCCACGACCCAACAACGGCAGCCUGACCCAGGCUCUGUCCUUGCUGCACACGCAGCGUCAGAAGCUGGACCUUUCUCUGGUAUUUACCCUGACAGUGGGCAUCGUGCUGGUUCUAUUUACCAUCCAACUUCUUUUCAGGUGGCUGCGCUCUUACCGACAGUCGGGAUCCCCGGCUUUUCACAGACUGGAGUGUAACGGAGAUGUUGAACUUCGUGCAAAUUCGUGCAAAUAGAUGGAAACAGAGGUGUGACACAUACUAAUCCUGCGUCUCCUGCUCAUGCUCCAAUAGGUAUUUCACUCACAAUGACUGGGCGAAUUAGCUUCACACGGGAACGUGUGGGUUGUCAUGUGCCGACACGAACGUGGUGUUUCAAACUCCUUCGGGCUCACUUGCUCUCGGGGCUGUUUUUGUGGGACAAGCACAUUAAUAUCAUGUUGGAAUGUAUCCUUAUUGAUAAAAUGUUUUUAAAAUGUGGUUAAAUGAGGUGAUGGCUGAGUCAGCACUGUGAGCAACCACUACUCACACACCUGAGAUCCAGAGGCUUGCUCUCAGUGAGCAAGUUUUUUUAUUAUUGUUGUGUAUGUACAUGUUCCCAAAGAACAUGAUUUGUUCUCUUUUGGAACUAUUCCAACAGUUACAUUUAAAUAAUUACACCUGUGAGAAAGUUCAUAGAGAUAAACAGUGUUUUUGGAUCACAGGGAUGCAUUCAUUCUAGUCAAGUCAUAUUUUUCAGCAUAUGAUAUUUUAUUUGAGAAAAAAACAAACCACCUGAGGCAGCAAUGGUUCAGAGAGGUUUCAAAUGUAACCCUGUGUUUGUUUAGUAAAACAGUGUGAAGAUCCCUUAACUCUCCAUAGAAAAUCUUUACAGACGCCCUGUUCCCUUUGUUUUGUGCUGCCCGGUGCUUCUGUGUGUCGGUACCUCAUACACUAGAAAUGUUCCCAACUUGUCACUACUAACCAGCUGGAUUUUCAGGUUCUUUGAGCUGCUUACUAUCCCUUAACCAAAUUACACUAAAACCGCAACAGCUGCUAUUUAGAAGAGAGUAUGAAGUCAAAGUGUGCAGCAUAGUAAACAACUGUGAAUCAGACGACUCCUCCUGCUGUGCAGGAGAGUGUUAGUAUUACAUUUACAUUAAAAUAGGUUUUUCAGUUGAUGUUUUUUUUUUAAGUGAUCCAGAUUUUCUUGAUCAGUCUGUUUAUCUGAAUAUCAAUGCACUCCUCCAGGUAAACUUGGUAGUCAGGUCAGCCACACCACCUUCUAUUCCGGGUGUGUUUGUGAUAGUGUUGUCAGACAAAGCUGCUGAAGACAAAGUCAGGGGAAAACACUGGCUGUAUAUGAGAAAGACGAGAAAGACGAGAAAGACUCAUGAAGUUACUACUGUAAACAGUGUGUUUGUGACACACUUGAAACUGGGCGCUUUAUCUCCAUGAAUGGCUCUGUGUGUUACUAAAGGUCUCAUUUCAUAUUGUAUUUGUUAUGAUCAUUGUCUUAUUUCUAUAGUUGUAGUAUGACUCCUGCGUCAACAGAGGGAGCCAGAAGCUUAUUUGUUUCAUAAUCUACAUGCAUAUCAGUCGAAAGUUAGUUGCAAUUUUCUAUCACACCUUCAGAGCCAAAAUGUGACCUCUGGAGAAAACAGUUCAAAAGAUGACAAUUUUUUUAUUUGUCUAAAUGUAGCCAUUUCACAACAUUUUGAGCCAGUUUUUCAACAGAGUUUUUCUAACUGCUUUGUACGCUAUGUUUUUGGCUGCUUUAGUUGUGACUAUGAAUCUACAUAUAUAUGUAAUUAAUUAAUUUGAUUUAAUUGUAAACUUCUAGUUAUAGUUUGACCUGAUUUUAAGCACAGAUGGACAUAUUUUAUGCUUUUAGAAAAAUGAUCUAUCUAUAGGUUAUAUAUAUAUAUAUUUAUAUAUCUUCAUAGAUUUUACCAAUUUCUGUAUAAAAUGAGCUACUUCUGAGCCAUGUGAUGCUAAUGUUCAGGCUAACUAUUUAUAUUUAUACUAUGCCGACACUGUCUUUCUCACUUCAUUCUAGUUCAGUGAUUUUUAACCACUGACAUAGAUGUGUUUCUUCAAUCCCUGCAUGUUUAUCAGACUUGUGUUCAACUAAACAGGUCAGGGUUUAAUAUGAGUAAGUACAUUUGGAGUGGAAAUGGACAUUUCAAAUAUGGUCAUUAAAAGUAAGAAGAGAGAAAAGAAAUACACAUAAACUUGAUAUAACUAGAAGUAUGUCCCAAACAUUCGUGGGACAUUUUUGUUUGGUGGUGAGCUCUAGUAUUUUUCUAAUAUUUGCCGUGACUCAAAAAAGGGUAGGAGACACAGCUAUAGGUGAAUCUUUAAACUCUAUUUACGAGGUUUGUGUUAGUUGUUAUGCUUUGACAAACGGCUGCGGCUGGCUUUGUCCUGCUGGUUCUUGUUAUACUAUGAUUUGUCUUUGGACUCUGGUAAAGCCAUGGGUUUAACCACUUGUUUUCAUUUAAAUCUUUUGCGUUCAUCUACUGGUUUGUUUCAUAGCUGUUCAUAAAAGGUGGCAAGACGUACUUGUGUCAUUGUGUUUUUGUUUUACAGUUUAUAAAACAGAGAUUAAAAUUAUUCAAGUUUUCAUGUGCCAGCCUACUGGGAUUCUUACUCUGAAUAAAUGUAUUUUAAAAAACCCAAA